UUCUCUCUCUACCUCCUUCCUUUCUCUCUCUCUCUGUCGGCGAUGCAGAGGCUUUCGAUAGACUCAUCAGUAUCCAAGCUUCAUAGCUACGGAGGACGGAAAGACGACGCAUACGAUCACGAUGAAUUAAAAAAGAAGGAGCCACUCUCCUCUCCUCCUUCUUCGUCAUCGUCCGCUGCAGAUUACGACGAUCACGAGCUCAAAGACUGUAAGCCUCGACGGUUAUCUCUAUCGUCAACGCAUCAGAACGGAGAAAAGUUUGUUCACUUCAUCCCCGUCCUCACCAUUAUCUGUAUUGUCAUCCUCUACCUCUCCUCUCACGCUCCGUCCCAAUCAGAUUUGGCUCAGUUUAACGGAUUCAUGCGUCACUCAAAGCAUCUAGAAUCCGAAGAAGACGGCGAAAUCUCGAGGUUGAUGAUCAAUGCCGACGCUCUGGCUAUACGUAGUAGGAUAAGGAACUUAAAAGAGACGGAAAGCUUCGCGUCGGAGCCACUUCCCCGUCGCCGAGCUUCUCACCGGAAAAUAGCCGACUUCUAGCUUCUUUUUUUCUUCGUCAUCUAGAAUUAUCUUCGUCAUUUGCAUGUUGAUUUGUUCGCUGAAACUCAAAAAUCACGAAUCGCGUUUUCUGUUAUAACUAAAUUUAAAAUUAGCCUCGCCGGUUAACAAUAAAAAACCGGCCGGCGAUGGAAUAACCGUUAUGCUAACACGCGCUGUGUAUGGGAAGCGUAUGUUACAGUUGACUGAUAGUAGAGUAAGUUAGAGUGCGCCUAGGAGUAGUUAUGCUAUCCAGCUGGAGUUUUGGAUCGUUACAGAGCCUCGUGCUUCGGUUUAAGAUUCCAGCUGGAGUGGAUGAGUCGUCGCUCCUCUGGUCCUCGCUCGGUAUGCAAUCACAUACGUUUUAAAAAUUUAUUACUCGGAGUUAGAGCGACCAGUCUCAUCUGCACAACAAUAAUGUUUAAAUAGUAUUUUCUCACAAUAUCUAUGUAUUUAAUUUUAUAUUUUAUGCCCUUAUCAAAUUGUUCUUUAGAACGAAUUAUUAUUCAA